AUGAGUUCGAAGGCCAUCUUCAACCCAUCGAAUAGCUUCGUUUUAUCUGAUCUCCCAAAUGAUAUUACUGAAUCUAAAGUUAUGGACAUCUAUGGAGACAGUAAACCAAAACUAGUGAAGCUGCUUUAUCUCACACCACAAAUUUUCACGAACAGAGCAGUUCUUGUCCAUGAAAAUAUGGAUAAAGCUAAUGAUUUUUCAGCGCGAUAUCUAGGACCACAUACUGCAGGAACAGAUUACACAUUAUAUUAUUCAAUUCAACCCUUUAAUUAUUCCGAUGAUCCUCCUCCAGGUGAAAUUCCCACCAGACAACAGAUUGAUGAUGAUGGAGCCAAUCAAAGUCCAUUUCUCCCUGGAAAUUGCAUCAAAGAUUGGUUGAAGUUAGAGUCGAUUCCAAAUUUGCCUAAAGUUACCAAGUUCAUGUGGUUACGCUUUAAUCGUAUUGUACGUCUCGAUAAAGCAUUUGAACGUGUAACAAACUUGAACUUAAAAGGCAACGAAUUAGAGGAAAUAGCUCCAGGAAUCACUUUUCCAGUGAUGAGAGUUUGCAACUUAUCACUCAACAAACUCAAGCACUUUACUAAUUUUCAAACUUUUUGCCCUAAGAUUGAAGAUUUAAAUCUAUCUUACAAUCAACUCAUAGACAUCGAUCCAUCAAUUGCCGACGCAACUACCUUAGAAAAUCUUGACCUUUCGCAUAAUCAAAUCGAAGAAUUACCGAAAUUACCUCCAUCAUUAACAAAACUCUUUGCGCACUUCAACAAAAUUACCAAAUGCGAUACAUCUGUUAUACCUAAAUUCGAAGAAGUAACCAUUUGGGACAAUCUUUUGACCGAAAUUCCAGAAUAUUUGCGGGGCCAUGUAGGAAAUUGCACAAUUGCCCAUAACAGACUGACUUCUUUUGAUGCUUCCUGGACAAUAUACGGAAUUACGAUGCUGGAUAUUAGCUCAAUGGAACUUGAAUCGAUUAAUGGAGAUAUAUUUAAACUUCCUAAGCUGAAUCAGCUCAUUUUGUUCAAUAACAAGCUUAAGUCAUUACCUCAAGAACUUACAUACAAUACUAGCUUACUUUUCCUUGACAUAUCUCAAAAUCCAUUCGAUCCAGAAGAAAUUCCACAGAUUCCGUUCCAAUUACAGUACUUCCGCUGCAAUUUCUGUGGCAUUGAAGAGCUUUCCGAUAUCAUUCCUAAUCCAAACUGUCUUCAAUCUCUUCAUGCUAUUGGAAAUGAGCUUUACAACCUUCCUGUCUUACCAGAAAUCACCGAAUUAAUCGUAGCAAAGAACAACCUCAUGGAUCUUCCUCUCAUUAACGCCAACGUUCUCGUUCCAGUCACAAUAGACGCAUCUCACAACCAAAUCUCAUCAAUUAUUCCAUACGCAUCACCAUUUAUUACUCUCGACCUUUCAUACAACAACCUUACCUCUAUUCCUCCCUCACUUUUCCAGUUUAAAUCCCAUAUUAAAUUAACAGGAAACCAGAUAUCUCAAGUCUUCAACAAAGACUCAAUUGGCUCUCUCACGGGCCUCGAUAUUUUCCGUACGAAUUCCAGCUUCGAAGGCUCUACGACCCCAAUUUCGAUAUUCGAACUUGUAACUCGGCUCGAAAACGAUUCACAAGUGGCCAACGACACCAAACAUCUUUUCUUCAGCGGCGAAAACAUCGGUUACUCGGAAAUGAUUGGCCGUAGACCUAACAUGGAAGAUGCAAUUGUAAUAAGAGAGAACUUCAGAGAGAAAUUGCACAUUGCGGCUGUUUUCGAUGGACACAGUGGGCAUUCCGUAGCACGUUCUUGCGCUGCAUCCCUCCCAGAUCUCCUUAGAAACGACGAAACAAUUAAUUCUGAUGCAAUUAAAAAGCAUUUGGACCACAUAAACCACGUAUUACUUAGUAGUAAUGACCUCGCCGGUUCAACAAUGCAGUUCGCAAUAAUAGAUAUGAAUAACAACCACUUGACAAUAAUGCAACUCGGUGAUUCUCGUUCUGUAGUUUACAAAAAUGACGGGCGUGUCACUUUUUACACUCAAGAGAUGCGACCAGAGCGUCGCAGCGAGUUAGCCAGGCUCAGGGAAGACAGGAUCCGUCUUAAACGUCUAAGAACAGGCGGAAUGCUCGCAUGUUCAACGAGUAUUGGCGAUUUCCAAGUGAAAGGAAUUUCUCAUGAGCCGGAAGUCAUCGAGAUGGACAUAAGUGAUGAUGACAGAUGGAUUGUGAUCGCAUGCGACGGUCUUUGGGAUGAUGUAAACAACGAAAGCGCUGCAAAGAUUUUGUUGGAUUCAGAGUCACCUCACGUUGCUGCGACAUUGUUGAGAGAUUUGGCUUUCCAGAGAGGAAGUGAGGACAAUAUAUCUGUGAUUGUUGUUGAUUUGGACCUUCUUAGGAACUAA